UGAUGCUUCUUUCAUAGAUUGGAAAAGGAUUCCAAUUUAGCUAGAACUGAGGAUUUGAUAUUCAUUUUUUCAUGUUAAAGUAAAAUCAAAUUUAUCCAGUAACCAUGAAUGUAUGUGAAGAAUCUUUGUUAAAUGUUUUGAUGCCAGAUGGAGUGCCAGCUUCUUGGCUUGAGUCUGAUGAUUUUUCUGCAUACAUCAAACAUCUCGCUUCUGGUGGACUUCAAAAGCUGAGUAGUGAAUGUGAUGCACUGAAAGAUGAGCAAGCAUCGCUUUUGGAACAAACAAAAGAAUUGGCAUACAAAGAGUACCUUACCUUCAUACAUGCUUCUGAUUGCUCCAAGUCUCUACACUCUCAGCUUGCAUCACUGGAGAAUCAGCUGAGCCACACUUCGGACAGCGUUGCUUCUCUGCACUCAACUCUAGAUGGAUUCGUCAACACUUCGCGCUCACUCCUUGCCAGCCGGCAGCUCAACUCCACCACUCUUGCUAAGCACACACAACUUCUGGAGAUCUUGGAGUUAUCCCAGCUGCUGGACACGUGCGUACGUAACGGCUACCACGACGAGGCGUUGGAGAUCAUAGCGUAUGUGCGGCGGCUCGAGAAGCGCCAUGGUUCUAUCCCUAUCAUUAAGAGCAUCGUGCGGGAGGUGCAGGCGUCCAGCCAGCAGAUGUUGUCCCAGCUCCUGGCCCAACUCAGAACUGAGGCCUCCCUGCCGCAGUGUCUUAAGGUUGUUGGUCUGAUGCGCACGCUGGACGUGUUCACGGAGUGCCAGCUGCGCAUGAAGUUCUUACAUGCGCGGGACGCAUGGAUGACCGCAGCCCUCGCUGCGCUGCCUGCGCAUGACCCGUACCAGCACCUGGCGGCGACGGUGGAGUGCGCGCGUGUGCACGUUUUUGACGUCGUGACGCAGUACCGCGCCAUCUUCUCUGACGACGACGUGCCUUAUGGCGCCGCCCACCGCGGCCCCCACGACGCUUACCUGCCUGCCCUCCUCCAGUCCUGGCUGCUGGGAGGCGGGCGUGCGGCACCUGAGGCGCGGCGUACGGGCGGCCAGCCAUAAAUUCGACGAAGCGCUUAGCUGCUACAGCCUCCUGGACGCCUGCCCUGCUAGCCUCAGCGUCCCUGUAGUGGGACCAGAGGUGGGGGGGCGAGCGCCCCUGGAGCUACAGGAGUUCCCCCCUCUGGCGCAGUACUUCAACUGCCUCGUGACCAUGUUCAAUGCACUGCGUCUGUGCUGCCUCACUGCACUGCUGCCUGCACUUGUGGCACUGCUCACUGCGUCACUGCAUAAGGUGGUGCGCGGGCUGGUGGAGCUGCACGCGGUGGAGAGCGCAGGCUUCAGCGGCGCAGAGCACGCGGCGUACGCGCGCCUGUGCGCCGCUGUGCGCGCCGUGCUCCUGCCGUACCUCAACGCCUGCGUCAGGCGCCUGUACCCUCUGGCGCGCCUAGCAGCCGUGUCAGGCGCCAGCGCCCCCCAGCUGGCUAGGAGGAACUUCGGGCAGCUUGACAUAGACGAGAUAUGCCGCCCCCUGGAGCCUUUCAUUCCCCGGACUCCUACGGACGUUUCCCCUGACACUGAAGAUCAGAUCAUUGAACUGGAAAAACUGGAAAUUGCAGGAACAAAAGACGAUGAAGCAAAUACGGGAAUUAUUAUUUCUAAUCUAACCGAAGACAGCGAUCUUGUUGUAGAGGCAACUACUAGCGUAGAUAGAUCGUCUCAUCCGAACGAAGUUUCUGAAAAUAAAACUUCCCAAUUGUCGGAGAAUUUAGAAUGGAACUCGAGAAACGAUGUUCGGGAAUCCGAGAUUUCAGGCGAGAGUUCUUUUCCAGUGAGUGAAGCAACUUCAUCACAAUCAAAGGCUCUGUCAGCUGAUGCAACUGAGACUGAUGUGCUCAGUCAAGAGACUGUGGCAUCAAUGGAAGAAACUUCUUUGCAGGGAGAUUCUGUCCAUGCUAGCAAUUCUGGACCAGUUGCAGCUGUAGCCCCUGGAUCAGUUGCAGCUGAAGGAUCAGUUGCAGCUGGAGCGUUUGGAUCAGUUGCAGCUGGAGCGCCUGGAUCAGUUGCAGCUGGAGCGUUUGGAUUAAUUUCAUCUGGAGAUGCAGAAUCGCUUGACGUUGUCGCUAAAUGAGAAGCAUCGCUCGGCGUUGAUGUUUGGUUGGAUACUAGCGAGACGAGCACUAUUUAAUCUAAUGUAUUUACCCCGUCAUGAACGUCAGUCACUGCUCAGUAUGUUGCAUGUGUUGGAGUUACACUCGCCAAUACCUACCUGCCUGCAGCACUGGAUAUGAUCGUUGAUGUUUGCAUUUGUAACCUGAUUUAUUUAUAUGUUUGAAUUUUUAAUGCGCUGCUUAUAAAAAAUAUGUUUGUUUUACAACUAGAGGCUUCUUUGUUAUUAUUUUCGCAUUGAUGUGUGGUUCAUUUUCAGUUAUGUAUUCUAUAUUCCAUUUAUUAAUUUUAUUUACGUGCUCUACGAGCUCUAUUGAAUUGCCUAUGGUGAAAUUAGAUUGUGCGUAUUUUGAGUAUGUUCUCUUCGUUCAGGUUUUUCUCUCAUUUCAAUUGCAUUCACUAGAACAAAGUUUGUAAAAUUUAAUCCUGACUUUAAUUUUAACUUUAAUCCUGACUGCGACUUCAUCGGUAAUAUUUUUUCCAUGUAGAAAAAGAGAUCGAAGAGGUGUCAAAAAAUGUACUAUAAAAUAUGAAGUGUUGGUAGUGCGCCUUUUUCACUUAAGGUUGAUUAAGGGGUUGUUAUUAUUAAUUAAGGGGUUGUUGGUACAUUCAUUCACGCUUCAGACAA